UUGUUGGCGCUUUUCAUUAAAGGGUCUGUGACGUCGCCUCUGCAGAGGUCAGCGGUAUGGGUCGGCUGGAUGGGAAGAUCAUAGUGCUGUCUGCAGCAGCACAGGGGAUUGGACGAGCAGCUGCUAUAGCUUUUGCUAAAGAAGGAGCCAGAGUCAUUGCUACAGACAUCAACGAGGCUAAGCUACAAGAACUGCAGACAUAUUCAGGCAUUGAAAUACGGGUUCUGGAUGUCACCAAAAAGGAGCAGAUAGAAAAUCUGGCCAAAGAAAUUGAAAAGAUUGAUGUCCUCUGUAACAUUGCAGGGUUUGUCCACCAUGGAACCAUUCUGGAGUGUGAAGAGCAGGACUGGAAUUUCACUAUGAACCUCAAUGUUCACAGCAUGUAUCUAAUGAUCAAGACAUUCCUUCCUAAGAUGCUUCAACAGAAAUCUGGAAAUAUUAUAAAUAUGUCUUCUGUGGCAUCCAGCAUUAAAGGAGUUGUGAACAGAUGUGUAUAUAGUACUUCAAAGGCAGCAGUUAUUGGUCUGACGAAGUCUGUGGCUGCUGAUUUCAUUGAGCAUGGCAUCAGAUGCAACUGUGUGUGUCCUGGAACUGUUGACACACCAUCCUUACAGGAAAGAAUCAAAGCUCGGCCUAAUCCAGAGCAGGCAUUAAAAGACUUUCUAGCCAGACAGAAGACUGGUAGGAUGGCAACUGCUGAAGAAGUGGCCCAUCUUUUUGUGUACUUGGCCUCUGAUGAAUCUGCUUACAUGACUGGUAACGAAGUCAUCAUUGAUGGAGGAUGGAGCCUGUGACUGACCCUACCUGCAAAUGGAAAUUUAUACCAUAAAAGGCAAAAAAUGUGGAUUGUGUUUCUUAGUUAAGAUAGCUUUCAAUUAUUUAGAUCAUGCACAUGUCAUCUAUAAAAAGAAAUCUGGUGCAUUUUUACUGCUGUAUGAUCUCUUUCUAGACUGAUCUUACUGAUUUGCUUUUCCCUAGAUGGUGACCCACUGGAGUAAAACAUCAUUUGUGUGGCUUCAAUUUAUGGUAACUCCCAAAAUAUGAAACAACAGCAAGCUAACAUUUAAGAUUUCAGAAGGCAAAGAAUAUUACUUAAGAUACAAAAUCUGAAUUAUGUUUUGAGCAAAUAGGAGUGAAACUAAUUAAAUGCUACUUUUAUUCUCAUCCUGCAAAUUACUUGGUAGCUGAAAAGUCAUAAUCAGACUUCCUACUGGCAUUGACAGACUAUCCAGAGAAAAUGGAGUGGCUACCAUUAAAUCAGCCAAAACUGAUCCUGAACGAAGUGUGGCUUAAAUAGAAGAAAGCAGAAAUAAUGAGUGAUUUGAAUCAUUUUGUUACUGGGAAUAAAUAUUUCUACACU